AUGGGUCCAAUGCCAGAGACAAGACUUAAACCGACCCCUCCCUUCUACAUGUGUGCUGUUGAUUUGUUUGGACCUCUUGUAAUCAAGGAUGCAGUUAAGAAGAGGACCCAUGGGAAAGGUUAUGGUGUCUUGUUUAAUUGCUUAGUUUCAAGAGCAGUAUAUAUUGAUGUACCAGAAGGAUAUGACAUGGGCAGUUUCCUUAUGGUACUACGACGUUUUGUUUCCAUCAGAGGAUAUCCCAGAAAAAUGAUUUCUGAUGCAGGUACUCAACUAAUUGCUGCCGGGAAAGAAUUACAAAAAGUUGUACAUACUUGGGAUUGGGAAGAUAUCAAGAAUUUUGGGAAAGCUAGAGGCAUGGAUUGGCAGACAACAAAAUCAGCGGACGCACCCUGGGAAAAUGGUUGCAGCGAGUCGCUUAUUCGUUCAACAAAACUUUCUCUUGAGACUGCCAUUGGAUCAGCAAUUAUGACAUUUUCAGAGUUACAAACUGUUCUCUUUGAAGUUUCCAAUCUACUAAAUGAACGUCCCAUUGGUACAAAAAAUUGCGACCCUACUGAAGGUACAUAUCUUUGUCCGAACGAUCUAUUGUUAGGUCGGGCAAGCACCAGAGUCCCUGUAAGAGACUGGGAUGAUUGCAAGGACCCCAGAAUAAGAUGGAAAUUUGUUCAGCGUGUGGUGAAUACAUUUUGGAGAAGAUGGACACGAGAUUUCUUUCAUACCCUUAUUAUAAGACAGAAAUGGAAUCAUGAAAGGAGAAACAUUCAAAAUGGUGACAUUGUAAUUGUUCAAGAUUCAAAUAAUGUGCGUGGUCAAUGGAAACUGGCACAAGUUUCGGAGGCAAACCCAGGAAGUGAUGGAAAAGUUCGGGAUGUAAAACUUAGAUACAAAAAUCUGAACCAAGAUCCUAAAUAUUGUGGUUGUCCAGAUACGGUGGUUUGCAGAUCAGUUCGACGAUUAGUUGUGAUUCUUCCAAUUGAAGAACAGGUGUAA